AUGGACGAUAAAAUGUGGCGACUAAAACCAAAUCCUUUGAAAACUGCAUUAUCCUUGUUUCACAUUAACAACAGAGCGGCAAACGUAAAGCUUACCGUCAGAUUUUUUGGUCAUCGAAUAAAACUCGAUAAAGUUUCGGUCUAUUUAGGCGUUACAUUAGACCGUACUUUAACAUACAAACACCGCUUGGAAAAAAUAGCAUCUAAAUUGAAAACUAGAACUACAUUAAUCUCAAAAUUAACCGGGACCACUUGGGAGCCAAUACUCAGGUCCUCCGUACAUCCACCAUGGCAUUACUCUUCUCGGUAGCUGAGAUUACUGCUCUCCGGUUUGGGGAGGAAGUACCCACUGCAGAUUAGUUUACACGGAAAGGACUUUGCAUAAUAACUAGCAAAGUAGUAGUAACUAGUAAAGUCUACACAAAUACAGUGGUUACCAGUAUUGGCCAAUACCGGACCCCCUCAUAUGCGCCGGCAGAAUAUUGUAUUGCGAAUUGCAGACAAAAUAAAAAAUAAAGCAGAAUUACCAAUUCACGAGGAUGAAGUCGUAACGCCAAGACUCAAGUCUCGUCAUUCUUCUCUUGCCAGUGUUAGACUAAUAAAGAAUCAUAGAUGCCUUCAACCAGACCCAUGGAAGGAAGAAUGGAAAAGCGAUAUCUCCACUAAUGUAUUCUUAGAAGUUAAUGUAUACAGUAAACCACCAGGGUCGGACCUUCCCCGUAGAUUGUGGACCAGGCUGAAUCGCAUACGAACAGGUCAAGGUCGGUGUAAUUACUUAUUGCACAAGUGGAAAAUCAAGGCAGACCCUAAAUGCGACUGUGGUGCAAAAAAGCAAACGAUGGAACACAAGUACGAAAAGAGGAAAUUUCAUGGAACCUUAGUAGUAUAA